GUUUUGCUUGCGCGAUUGAAAUCCGCCGUUCUUCGUUGUAGACAAAAACUAUUGUUUCCCGUUACAAUUUGUGAUGUAAAUACCAAACAAUGAUGCAGUCGACACGCGGCAACAGUGUAAAGGUGAUAAAAUUGAUCGCGACGCUGAUAUUCAACGCUGCGUGUUGCUUCGGCGCGCAAGAUGAUAUCCUGUCCUGUAACCCGGCGAUGCUGGAACCGUGCCCCGGGGAGCACCAAAUAUGUAAUCAAACUACAAGGAUAUGCGAUUGCUUACCCAACUUUGUAAGAGUAGAGAAGAAUUGCGAACCUCCGAGUAAUGAUUCCCCGGGGAAGCACAGCGCUACGGCAGCUGUUGUUACCAUAUUCACACUAGCACUAGUCAUUUGUGGACUUGUAUUAAUCAUAAGAAAGUAUAAUUUAAUCGAAUAUCUCCGACAGAAAAUCAACUUGAAGAGAAAUGGUGAUAUAAUGUAUGAAGAUGUAAUGAUAGGCCAAGACGACCCGCCGUUGACGCCCUAAUGCCUUUGCUUGUGUUCUAGAAUAUUGUUAAAGCUGAACAUUUUAUUGACCAAGUUUUUCAAUAUAAUAUUUAUAACCGGU